AUGGCCCUUGUCAACCCUGUGCCUAAACUCUACAGAUCUGUAAUUGAAGAUGUAAUUGAAAGAGUGCGGACUUUAUUUGCUGAAGAAGGUAUAGAGGACCAAGUCUUAAAAGACUUGAAGCAGCUCUGGGAAACCAAGGUUUUACAGUCUAAAGCAACAGAAGACUUCUUCAGAAAUAAUGUCCAUUCCCCUCUCUUCACCCUUCAGUUGCCACAUGGCUUGCACCAAACAUUGCAGACAUCAACAGCAACUCUAUUUAUUCCUUCAGGUAGAACUGUUCCCAGUUUUACCACAGAACUGGGCACUUCAAAAUCCAGUGCAAACUUUACUUUUCCUUCCAGUGUUGGUUAUCCGGUUCAUGUACCUGCAGGUGUGACGCUGCAGACUGCAUCUGGUCACCUUUAUAAAGUCAAUGUACCAGUUAUAGUAACACAGACUCCUGGAAGAGCAAAUAUUCUUCAGCAUCCAAUUCAGCACAUAUUUCAGCAGCUUGGGCAGCCUGCAGUAAUACAGACCAGUGUUCCACGAUUGAGCCCAGCUUCUCUUCAUGCAACUACUGAAAAAUCACAGAGACUGGAAACUGUGUUCCAACAACCCACAAUUCUGCAUUCUGGGACAGUGGAUAGGAAACACACUGGAAAUGAGCAUAAUGUCAUGUCUGAAGUUUUGCUGAGUCAGCAGGAAAGCCCUCAGUAUAUCAGUCUCCCAAAUGUUGUAUUUGCUCCACAGGUUUCUCAAACAGAUUCGAAUGUGGAGCCAGUGCUCAGUGUUUCUGCUAGCAUGACUCCAAACAUGCAUGGUGGGCCUUUCUCCAUGGGUCCUCAGGGGGCUCUGCAUCAACAACACAUACCUGAUGUUCAGCUUCAUGUUCUUAAUAAUAGGAUGUAUGGAUGCGAUUCUGCAAAGCAACCAAGAAAUAUAGAGGAGCCCAGCAGCCUGCCUGUGUCCAAGAAGGAUUCUGAUUCUCAGGUGAAUUUAAAUGGUCCAGACACUGAUGAUGAUAUUAAUGAAAUAAUUCAAAUAGAUGGAACUGGAGAUACAUCUUCUAAUGAAGAAAUAGGAAUUACAAGAGAUGUAGAUGAGCAUGAAUUUCUAGGGAUUAUUGAUGCAGAAGAUCUGAAGUUACUUGAAGAAGAAAGUGACAGUGUAUCAAAUGAAGAGUCUAAUGUUAACAGCAGUGAUAAUGAAGACCCUCGUAGAGACAUUAUAGAAGAGGACCCUUUAAAUUCUGGAGAUGAUGUUAGUGAGCAGGACGUGCCAGACCUAUUUGACACGGAGAAUGUAAUCGUCUGUCAGUAUGACAAGAUUCAUCGAAACAAGAACAAAUGGAAAUUCUAUUUGAAAGAUGGUGUUAUGUGUUUUGGAGGGAAAGACUAUGUAUUUGCAAAAGCUAUUGGUGAUGCAGAGUGGUAA